AUGUCCAUCCCAUCUCUUGAUGGCCAUUUGUCCUGUGAAAUCUCCCUACCCCUAUACUGUGCACGUGCGGACCCAAUCGCCCACGCACGGGCCCAAUCGACCGCGAGUGCGCAAUGUGGAGUAGGGUAAUUUCACAGGACAAAUCUGUACACUGCCAAUGCGCUGGAUUGGGUAGGAGCAGCUAUCUCACUUGCUGAUUUUCAAAAAUCACUUGACCUUAGCCUUUGCUGGAGCUUGUCUCAUGUGCACUGGUUGUGUUGGUUGAUUUUCUUCUGUGCUUAUUGUGCUUACUGCAAGUUUGCUAUUCUAUUCAUUUAUUCUACUACACUUAACACCCUUUCACCAUCCUGUGGGUGCAGUUGUAGAAGGAUUACCAGGACACCAUUAAGGUAAGAAAAUACUUUUUUUAUGCCAACCUCAAAAUCUGUACUGACAGUUAUCCCCUGCUGGUCUGAACUAUAUACCCCCUCCGCUAACCCCUGCUGGGCUGAACUAUAUACCCCCUCCGCUAACCCCUGCUGGGCUGAACUAUAUACCCCUUCUGCUAACCCCUGGUGGGCUGAACUAUAUACCCCCUCCGCUAACACCUGCUGGGCUGAACUAUAUACCCCCUCCGCUGACCCUUGCUGGGCUGAAUCUUGACUUUGUACAGACUCCAUGAAGGUAAGUAAUACUCCUAUCGUGAUGACACAACUAUUUAAAAAAAAUAAUAAUAAUAAUUUUGUGUCCUUAUUUUCCACUCACAGGCUUGCUUUACUCUCUUGCCUAGCAGUGUCCCGUCUCAUCAGACUCCCUGACGGUGAGUAGUACCCAUAUGGUGUUGUGACUGUAAUAAGAGGUCAUAAUUUUGUCCUUAUAUUGUCUCCUUACAGGAUUCGCAUUUCAUUCAGUCCCUCACCUCGCCUAUUGUGUGGUCUUAGACUUUUCAACGGUGAGUAAUUCCAAGAUCGUGGUGAUACAAUUAUAUUGCAUAAUUUGGUCCUUAUUGUUCCCUUACAGGCAUGACAUUUGAUCCACUCACUUGUCUAGCAGUGUCCGGUCUUAUCAGACUACCAGACGGUGAGUAAUACCCAUACUGUUGUUACCUUUGUAAGACUUUAACAUUUUAUCCUCAUAGGCUGUGCAGUAGAUCUACUCUGUUACACUGUAGUGUCCAUUGUUAGUGGACUUUACACUAUGUUGUGUUAUUUUACACCGCAUGUUGGGGCAGUUUUCCUUUCAUUGUGAAAAGGCUAGUUUCAUUUUGUGGUUACAUAUGUUAAGUGGUUGUUAUGUAUGGCAUUUAGGGUAGUUUUUAGUGAUUUAUAUACAUUUGUAAAAUAUGAUGUGUGUUCUAUUUUUAUAGAAAUGGAGACCAAGUACUGCGCCAUCAUCAAAUUCCUCUGUUUUGGAGAAUACCCACCCAGGUAUUCUAAGACACAGAGGCAGACUUUCAGGCAGACCACUGCCAAAUAUACUGUAAAGGGUGAGUAUCAAAAAUACAGUCAAUCUUAGUUAUUUGUAAUUAAACGAACCCUUUAAUUUUUCAAUUUCAUUACAAAUGUCCUUGGAAGAAGAAGAGUUAUUAAAAACAAAGAAGAAGCAAGGAGGAUCUUCGUAGAGUUUCAUGCAUCGCCCAUUGGAGGACAUACAGGCAUCAACAGAACGCGAUCGGCCAUCUUCUCAAGAUUCUUCUGGCAUGGAAUGGCCACUAAUAUUGAUAAAUGGGUACACAUUAAUUAUCUUUGUGUUUUGCUAUAUUAAUGAAAGCUUGUACACAGGUUAACAACUCAUUUCCUACAGAUCCAGGAAUGUGAUAAUUGCCAGAAAUCUGGAAAGCCAUUGUCUGCCCCACAGCUGUUACAAUGUAUUAAGGUAAAUAUCUACUAUAGUAUUGCAUAACAAAUGUUAUUACAUUGUUUUAAUUAAAAAUGUAAUAUAUUUUUUUAAUCACAUUAGGUAUCUGCUGUCUGGGAGCUUGUUGGGAUUGACCUAACAGGCCCCUUCACAGAGACAGUGGAUGGCUUUAAGUAUAUAUUGACGGCUACGGAUUACUUUUCAAAGUGGGUGGAGGCUUUUCCUCUUAAAUCAAAAUGUGCUGCUGAGGUGGGACGCCAUAUUUGCUCCAUGGUCUAUCGACAUGGUUGUCCCAAGCGUAUACCUUCAGACCAGGGUAAAGAAUUCGUCAAUCAAGUAUGUGUACUUUCAAUUAAACAUUGUAUGUUAAUAAUAUUUAUUUUGUAAUAUGUUGGCUUAUAAAAAAUUAUAUGUUCUUACUUUUUUGUUGUUUUUUUCUUUUUCUUCUUUCAAGCUCAACAACCACGUGUGCAGUCUUCUUGGAAUCGAAAGAAGCAUGACAGCGGUAUUUCACCCACAGACCAACAGCCUGGAUGAAAAGACUAAUCAUAACAUCAAAAGGCAAGUUUAAUUCAAGUUUUGAUUUUAUUUCUGCUUUUAGUAGAACUGUGCCUCACAGGUUUACUUAAAGGGAAUCUCCAGUGCCAGGAAAACAAAUCCAUUUUCUUGGCACUACAGACUCCUUAGGUCCGUCCCUCCCAUCCCAGGUUGCUGAAGGGGUUAAAACCCCUUCAGUGACUUACCUUUAUCCAGCACUGUCCUUCGGCGCUGGUUUUGGCUCUGCCCACUCUCCUCCCUCGCCGACGUCAGCCAACGGCCGCGCGCGCAUUACAACUCCCCAUAGGAAAGCAUUAUCCAAUGCUUUCCUAUGGGGAUACCGGCAAUACUGGAGGUCCUCAUUCAGUGCGUGAGGACGUCCAGAGUCUCUUAAAACACGAAAAGUGUUUUAAGAAGCUGGAAGCUCCUCCAGUGGCUAUCUAUAAAAGCACUAUAUAUUUUUUUAUUAUUUUUAUCCCGAGUUGAACUCCAUCCUUCCACCAAAGGACCAAAGAGGAGCACAACAUAUCCUUGAGUGGGGAUUAUUCCACUUCACGCUAUCCAUACCAGAGCUGGAUUUAAGCUCUGAAGAUUGUGAGUAGUUCCACAAAUAUUUACUAUAUAUUCAUAUUCUGUUUUUAUACUACACCAUUGGAGUUUUUCUCUCUCUUCUGUUCUCCCCGCAUAUUUAUACUUAUCCGGGACGCUACAUACCCUUCUGAUGGACUAUUAGGACCACCAUUUGCGCAUUUGGACAUUUUAUAUUUGGACUAUUAGGUACCGUGGUUAUCCCAUUUUUAUAUUAUUUGGACAUUUUUCCGAAUUUUUUGUUAUUGCUGCUAUUCUCAUUUUACUAUUUUUACUUGUUUUAGGCGCACCCUUAUUCCUUUCUCUCUUUUCUAUUGUACUUUAAGGGGUUCAGAGGGGAUUCCCUUUUUAAGGUGUGCUGCCUUGUUAUUAUACUCCCUGUUUCUUAUCAGCGCUGAACCUUUUCCCUGAUUUGAUUCCACAUGAGCUGCAUAAAGCUGCACUGCGCAAAUCGGCAUCUCCUCGUCAAUCUUAGUUAUUUGUAAUUAAACGAACCCUUUAAUUUUUCAAUUUCAUUACAAAUGUCCUUGGAAGAAGAAGAGUUAUUAAAAACAAAGAAGAAGCAAGGAGGAUCUUCGUAGAGUUUCAUGCAUCGCCCAUUGGAGGACAUACAGGCAUCAACAGAACGCGAUCGGCCAUCUUCUCAAGAUUCUUCUGGCAUGGAAUGGCCACUAAUAUUGAUAAAUGGGUACACAUUAAUUAUCUUUGUGUUUUGCUAUAUUAAUGAAAGCUUGUACACAGGUUAACAACUCAUUUCCUACAGAUCCAGGAAUGUGAUAAUUGCCAGAAAUCUGGAAAGCCAUUGUCUGCCCCACAGCUGUUACAAUGUAUUAAGGUAAAUAUCUACUAUAGUAUUGCAUAACAAAUGUUAUUACAUUGUUUUAUUUAAAAAUGUAAUAUAUUUUUUUAAUCACAUUAGGUAUCUGCUGUCUGGGAGCUUGUUGGGAUUGACCUAACAGGCCCCUUCACAGAGACAGUGGAUGGCUUUAAGUAUAUAUUGACGGCUACGGAUUACUUUUCAAAGUGGGUGGAGGCUUUUCCUCUUAAAUCAAAAUGUGCUGCUGAGGUGGGACGCCAUAUUUGCUCCAUGGUCUAUCGACAUGGUUGUCCCAAGCGUAUACCUUCAGACCAGGGUAAAUAA